AUGCCGGUGGGACCGGCAGCUGCCGCUGGUUCGAGGCCGGCGGUGCCGCCGGUCGCGUCUUCAGCUGGGAAGGCGCGGCAGCGGUCUGGAAUCCGGGUGGCCAGCGAGUCUUGCGGCCUCCAUCUUCCUCAGCCGCAGGUCAACGCUCGGACCGCACCACGCCUCCGCAAGCCGCCCCGCCGCUCGGCCCCACCACGCACCUCGUCGCCCUCUGCCCUGCAUCGCCUGCCGCUCGCCUCGCAUCACCACAGCUCCCGCGCCCGCAUCGCGCAGCAGCCCCUGGCACCACUCCGCCUCUGCCCAGCACGCACGCCUGCGCUCAGCUCAACGCCGCUCCGCCCAAGCAAUCCAAGUACGCGCGGCCCACCUCCAAUUCACCCAAGCGCGCGCCCGCCCGACCUCACCUGCCCCGCUCACGCACGGCCGCGCCAGCUGCUCACCAUCGCCCGCUCCUCGCUCCAAUCCCGCGCGCACGGCCAGCCAAGACCAAGCCGCUCGCCCCUGGCUGAUCCUCCACGCACGCGCAGGCCAACCAUCCUCGCAUGCAGUAAUUCCUCGCGCAAAUCAGCUCCAGCCUGCACUGCUCCAAUCCAGACCAAGCCACGCAUAGCUGCACCAAUCUCCCCUGAUCCAAUUCCCCAGCUCUAUUCCGCUCGAUUUGUCCCGCAGUUUCCGCCCGUGUUCGUGCUGUUCAUCACGCAGAUCCAGAUCCAGAAAUUUUGCCAUUUCCGGUACUACCGCCCCUACCCAGCGGAACUUCCGCUCCUACCAAAAAAAAAUCUCCAAAUCGGGUCAGCCACCAUUGUCUUCCUCGCUGCAACCACCACCACGCAACAAACCAGCAGGCCGACGCGCUCCACUUCGGCAGCAUCCGCGCCCACAACCAGGCCCACCUCACCGCGCCGCCCCAGAUCGCACGGCCCCGCACAUCCAAACCGCCGCUGUGCCCCGCUCGCACGCCCACGCCUCGCUCGCCCGCCUAGCUUCCACCUCCGCUCCCCGCGCGCAGCAUCCACCCAGCCCCACCACGCGCGCACGCCACGCUCGCUGCCGCUGGCUAACCGCCACCGCACGCCCUGCUCGCCUCGAUCCCGCGCCAACCGCCCGCAGCAGGCAACCUCCGCAGCGCAGCGCAGCUACCGCGCGCCUCACUCCCGCCCAAGCCGCCGCAGCGCCCGCCUCGAUCCCCACCAGCAAACGCCCCGCGCGGCCACCUCCACGCGCCUCGCUCGCAGCACGCGCGCAGCGCACCAACCUCACCCUUGUUUCCUCGCGCUGCAGCUAUUCCUGCUCGAAAUCCAGACCACGCACGAGCUGCUCAACCUCUGCAAGCAGCAGCAGCAAGCAACGCACGCCCACGCGCAAGAUUCCCUGGCCACCAUCUUCGUUUCUGCUCAGCCCGCUGGUUUUCCCCAAAUUCAGUGCAGAAAAUUCAGGACCGGAACUUCCGGCUGA